GAAAUGAGUCGUCAGAGCCUCAGUACUCACACAUAACUUCCUCACCAUCAACCUCUGGCCCAAAGUUCAUAUUUUAUCACGUAAGCAAACUACAUGACUUUCAGUCAACUUCCUUCUCUUCAUCACACGAAAGUCCACCCUUUCGCCAGCCGAGUUCAAAACCCACGAGACACCAAAUAUGUCGAACUCCUAAAAGAAAUCGCAGUGGACCAUUUGCCGCUUACACACCCGCUGUUACAUCGCUCGCACGAACGAGUCGGGGCCCAGAAAAACUUUACCUACGAUGCGAUCGCUGAGCUUGUCCUCCCGGACGAGGCAUCCUUCCAGACCUUCUUUGGCAUUAUUUCGGAGCCAGAUGCGGCCACUAGGAUCGCUGCGCGUGAGGAAGCUUGCAUUGUACGGGGGAAGGUGAGGGCUGUGGUUUUAUGUGAGACGACAAGCACAACCUUGGAGAACGGCGACAGUUGAGGAGACUUCAGCUUUAGAAACUAGCUCCAGUGAGGGGUCAUCGAUCCGUCCUCUCGGUCUUCCCACUCAGGGCUCCUCCUGUGUGAUAUUUCGUCCAGCUAUCAUAGAGGUAGCACCGUAUCCUCCUGCCUAAUCAUGCACCACUCUACGCUCUUGACGAACAACCGUCCCUG